CUGGCUGAUAAAUACUAUCAGCAAGGGAAACCAGCAUCGUUCGAGCAAACAUCGGGAGAUGUUGACGUAUCGGAAACCGUUGUAUUACCGGUGCCGGAUCGCAAAUUGAAAGGUGAUCGGUUGGAUUUCACGAGGAAAUGGCUUGAUGGCGAUAUCAAGUCGUGGGCUGCAGGACAGCCGAAACCGGACUUGAUUCUUGGUGGAUUAGAAGAAGAACCCGAUUUGGAUGAACGUUCACUGGGCAGUUGUUCGGCAGAAGUAGCUGCAAUCAAUUCGGCUGUACGAAAAAAGAAGAAAACACAGAACAUGCCCGAUCUCAUUCAGAAUGCCGCUAGCGAAGUGUGGAUGAGACUUGUAAAGGUUGGCUUAGAUUUUCGUGAGGUACGGUCAUGUCUUAGUUUAUCUGUGCGAUUUACACCAGCAUGGCAGUUUAACACUCUCGCAUAUCACCCCACGAAUGCAUUUAACUCGCCUAAAACUGGGAAGAAGCGUCCAGGUGCUCAUCAAAUGGACAGGCGCAAAAGUAGCAGUGGCAGCAGUCAUUUCACUGCACAGCCGGCAGUUGGCCCGAUCAAACCCCAGCCGAUGAAGCCGCAAGCCUUAUAUCCGCCGUUUCCAUGUAGCAGUAGCAGCACAAGCAAUCUCACUAACUUCAAUAAUUUUCCGAGACCAUUCCGGGACGAUAAUGUUUGGGCAAAUAGUUACGAUGAUCUGAAUGGUAACUGCUAUCCACGACAAAGGAUCUCCUCACACAGCCGAGAACCACUGGAAAAGCAGAAUGGCGAUACAUUAUCUUGGAGGUCCAUUCCUCAGGAUCCAUACAAUACUCUGGGUAGUGUUCGGUCAGCGGAAGUGCGACUGUCAGCCCGAAACAGCGGCGCAUUUACACCCGUACAGCCACCACAUAUUGUCGCAAUGCGUAGUUCGGUAUCGAGCUUACCGGAGUCGUCUAUUGUUCGACCGCAACCCCUUCGCAUUCCGGAUCCGGCGUUAGCAAUUGAUGCGCUGGUUGCAGAACUUGAACUUAACACCGAUCAGGUACCUUUCGAGAGUAUUUAA